UAAAUAUCUUAGACGAAGUAGGCAGUCGAGCUGCUUUGAUGUUUCAAGAAUAUUGUGACCUUUAUCGAGAUAGUCCGGAGAAUGACGAGUCAGACAUUUGUUUGAUGGAGAUAGUUUGUGAAGCAAUGAAGUUGGUCACGAUUUGCUUCCUCGUUCGGGAUAAUGUCGAUGCCAAAACGCUUGACCAAAUCUUCCUAUUGCAUACAGAGGAAACGUUGAUCAUUCAUCCUCUCAUUCAAGCUACUGCCACGGACUCAUUGAUCAUAUUAGCUCGAAACUACCCUGAUCUAGUCACUCGAAUCAGUGACGCCCUACGUCUGUACAUUGCUUCACCCUUACCUCCUCCGGACGAUGUCCCAGACGAACAUGAUUUAGCACCUAGUUACGCAAUCACCGCUGCUGCCCAUGGUUUAGCUGUUUGUGUGGAACUGAAUGACUCAAACGACUUUACCAAGGCAAUCGCUCACGCGCUUCUCAAUCACAUCAAUAUUAGCGAGUCAGAUAUAGAUUCCUCUGGGUCAAAUCUCAAUGCCAGUACAAAUUCAAUCGGUCGACAAGCGACGUACCUAGAGGCACAGAAGAAGCACAAGGCGGCAUCCCCCGAAAGCCAGCAGCUCAUCUCUAUCAACUGCCUUCAUGCUCUCGUGGCGUUGUUGAAGGAGAUCGACCAAAUCGAAUUGACUUCUACUAUCAUAUCUCUCCUCUUGCUCCGAAUCAAGGGUGCUGCUCCUAAUUUGGAAGCCGUUAUUCUAGUAGGAGUUGCAGAUUUGGCCCUUCACAUCAAUCAGCAAACUUUCAAGGAGUCGAUCUCAACCUUUUCAUCUAUCAACAAAAACAUAUCUCUCGAUGAUACUGAAGUCGCCACAGACGCUGUCUUUCGGACAGGCAUUUACAAAGCUCAAAUUAAGCUCUCCAAGGCUCUCGUAGGCCGAGAUGACCUUUGUGAGAUUUACCUCGAGGAAUUAUUGACUCUAUUUAUUGAAAAGGGGCAACGUAUCCAAACUACCCACGCCACUCUACCCACUUUUUCUCAAUUGGUGAAUCAUCUGGGAGUUUUGAUUCCAGCGAUCGGCAACUUACUUCAAUCAAAAAGCUCAUACAAUCCUCACCAAACCACAUCGACCAAGACUUCUGAAUUGUUCAGGAAUUUUUGGUACAUUUGUGUUUUAUUUGGAUUUCUUUCUUCGCCAUCUUCCUCUCGAACUACGAGUGGGACUUCAGUGACACCUCCAGAUUGGUUGAUCGCAAGCUUACGUCAAAUAGCUACAAAGUCACCUACAUUGACUCAUUUGACACCUAUCGACUACGUCACUACUCAGCUGGAUUACAAUCCGAUUUUGAAAUUCCCUGAGCCGGCCACUCAAGAAAAGAAACAAGAGCUUGCUAAUGUGAUACCAAGUCAUGCGGGACAAAUCAAAGGUUUCACUUUUAUUCAGACUAUGUUCUUAUUGACAGUGGCUAGACUGGAGAUUUUCCGAGCUGAAGACUGUCGGGCAUCUAAUAUGCUGGAGUACCUGAGGCACAUUCAUCCGGAUGAAGUUGAUGUCAACAAUAUUUUUGGAUGUUUGGUCACAAUUUCAGAGAAAGUCCUAUCUACAUUCAUUAGCUCUUUUCAGCAACAAGCCAUCCGACAUUCUGAAGUACCACAUGUCUACCACCAGAUUUCGGAGAUUUUAAAGUUUACAUGUCACCACUCGAGUAAGAUCAGAGCGAUUGCGCUACGAUAUUGUCAGGAUCUCAUUAUUGCAUUUCCCACUUUGUUGUGUAAAUUCGAAACUGUUCGUGACAUGUUGGAGAUGUUAACCUUAUUGCGAUUAUCUUGCGAAGGGGAAUAUGAAGAUGAGUAUACGCCGGUUUAUACUUUUCAUUCAGCAAGCGCAAACUUGACGAUCGAGCUCACAGAUGAUUAUGCGGUACGACAUGACACGUUGAAUGAUUUGAAUAAAGCCAUCAUGUAUUGGCUUUCGAUAGUGAUUGCCCGAGCGCCUCUUGAGAUGCAGAGCAUCUUUCAAAGAUAUUUAGAUGCAGUUUCUUCUAAUGAUGCAUUAAGAUCGAUUGGACAGGUGGAAAUGGGAAAAUCGGUAGCACUGGAGUUAGCCAAAACGCUUCCACCUACCUCAACCCUUUCACAUUUCCCAUCAUGGGGUAAUUGUAAAGCGGAUUUAGCCAACGAUCUUGCUAGAUCUUUCUCAAGUCGAAUGUUUUACAAUGGUGAAGCUACACAUCUGUCUUCUUUGCCUGAGGUAGAGUUUAAGUCUAGUCUUGCUGAAAUCAAGAAGAAUUUACAUGAAAUCAAUGAUCAAAUCAAUUCUGGAUUGAAAAAGAUGACGAUUGAAGAUUUGAGUAGUGUUCUUUAUAAAGCUGGAUCUCAUGUUCUAGCCGAUUCGAGACCUGAUUUAGAUUUACUUUUCCAUAUCGUUUCAAUCCCGAUCAAAGUUUUCAGUCCUUUAUCAAUCUCACUUGGACUUGAGCUUUGGACUUGGUUAAUAGAUGUUAAACCUGAGGUAGAAAUCAAACUGAUGACUGAAGUGAUCAAUAUGUGGGCUUGGACCUUACGUAGACGCAAGGGACUCUUCUCUAGUGCUUGUGAUUUGAUCAAUCCACUCAAUCAAUCGAUCCAAUUCACCCCAACUGAUCGAGAAGAGAUGAAACAUCGACAUAAUACUGUUAAAAGGAUGUUAAAACCACAUCACAUCCUUUUAGAUUUUAUUUUAAGUCGAUUUCAAGCUGCAAGAUAUCGAAAUCGAACCUUGGUUUUAAUUACAAUGAGACUUUUGAAAAAUACGCUUUCGAAUGUGAAUCAUUGGUCAACUCAUCCACUUUCAAGAGAAUUGCGGAUCAGAUUAAUAAUCUUUGGAUUUAGUCUUUGUCAAGGUAGUAGAAUGGAAGAUAAUGUUGAAUUCAAUUUAAGAGAAGUUUGUUAUCUUGCUGGAUUGGAUUGGUUUAAAUUAACACCUAGUUUUAAUUUCGGUUCCAAUCGAUUACAACAUGAAUCUGAAUUAAGAUUGUUACAGGAUCUAUUGGCUAUGGUGAUAGUUGAUAAACCUGUAAAUGCUCAUCAUCUUAGUAGUCUUGAUCCUGGUACUAAAUUAAAUCGAUUACCAGGUCGAACUAGUGCUACGGUAGCUUCUUUACGUCAUUCCGAUCGAAAUCAUUUAUUUCAACUUUUAUUAGAGAAUGAAAUUAUUCGAUUAAUGGCUUGGCAAAACCCAUUAAGUGAUGUGAAAAGAGGCAAAAAUGUAGAACCUAUAAUUUCUAAAGCAACAGGAGAGAUUAGAUGGAGACAAAUUGUACAAACAGCUUGGUCAAUCGAUCCAGAAUUGAUGAUUAGAUUGAUGGAAAGAUUUAAGUAUCCUUAUAUUGAAUCAGAAGUCAUUGCACUUGUGAAAAAGUUUCCAAGUCAAGCACGUAAAGUAUCAGAAGCCUUGAGUUAUUUUGUGGAUGGAUUUGAUAUGACUAUUGCACCUAAUUUACAUCAUAUAUUGUAUUGGAAAAAAACUCCAGUGGUGACUGCUCUUAGUUUUUUCUUACCUCAGUAUGACAAUGAUCCAAUCUUGUUACAAUAUGCUAUGAGAGUUUUAGAAGAACAUCCAGUAGAAGUGACAUUCUUUUAUAUACCUCAAGUGGUACAAGCUUUAAGAACGGAUGGAUUAGGGUAUGUCGAACGAUUUAUAUGUGAAACUGCUAGGGUUUCACAGUUGUUUUGUCAUCAAAUCAUUUGGAAUAUGAAGGCUAAUACACAUAGAGGAGAUGAUGGAAUCGAACCUGAUCCAUUGAAACCUGCAUUAGAUCGAAUCAUUGAAAAGAUUGUAAAUUCAUUAUCAGGUGAAGCAGAAGAGUUUUAUAAAACUGAAUUUUCAUUUUUUGAUGAGGUCACUGGGAUUUCAAAAAGUUUAAGAGAAUAUUUAAAGAAAGAUAAAUCUGAGAAAAAGGCCAAGAUUGCGGAAGAGUUGGCUAAGAUUAAAUUGGUUAAAGGGGUUUAUUUGCCUAGUAACCCUGAUGGCACUGUGGUUGAUAUUGAUAGAGAUUCGGGUAGACCACUUCAAAGUCAUGCAAAGACACCAUUUAUGGCGACUUUCAAAGUUCAUAGAGAAAAGAAGAUCCAUGUGGAGGAUGAAAGUGAUGAGAUUACAGAGGGAACAGAUGAAAAGAAAGGAGUCGAUAGUUGGCAAGCUGCGAUUUUCAAAGUGGGAGAUGAUUGUCGUCAAGAUGUAUUGGCUUUACAAUUGAUUGCGAUUCAUAAAACGAUUUAUGAGACGAUGUGUUUGGAUCUUCACCUUGUUCCUUAUAGAGUGACAGCAACGGCCCCAGGUUGUGGAGUGAUUGAUGUGAUUCCAAAUGCAACUUCCAGGGAUGAGAUGGGACGAGCAAAGAUUAAUGAUUUACAUUCAUUUUAUAUUGGCAAAUUCGGACCCAGUGAAUCGGUUGAAUAUCAAAAAGCUCGAAUGAAUUUUAUAAGAUCAAUGGCAGCCUAUUCAGUGAUGUGUUAUAUCAUUCAAAUCAAAGAUCGACAUAAUGGGAACAUCAUGAUAGAUGGAGAAGGACAUAUUACUCAUAUCGAUUUUGGAUUUUUGUUUGAUAUUGGACCAGGAGGCAUCAAAUUUGAACCUAAUUCGUUCAAGUUAACAGGAGAAAUGAUUGUUUUAAUGGGAGGACAAAAUUCAACUGGAUUUAAAUCGUUUCAAGAAUUAGUGGUUAAAGCGUUUUUAAUUGCAAGACCAUUUGUGAAAGAGAUUGUGAUGUUAGUGAAAUUGAUGUCAGACAGUCAAUUACCUUCAUUUAAAGGUGAAGGAACGAUGAUUAGAUUGAUGGAUAGGUUUAAACCUAAUUUAAAUGAAAGAGAAGCUUGUUUUCAUAUGCAAGGUGUGAUUGGAAAUGCUAAACAGAAUGGACUUUCUUUAUUAUAUGAUGAGUUUCAAUGGAUGACUAAUGAGAUUCCUUAUACUCAUAGAGAUUGGAUUGCUAGUGCAAAGUAGACUAUUGAUAGAUUUUGAGGUUUUUCUUGUUUAAAAGGGUACAAGGUAGGAAUAUUAAGUCGAUUGAUUGAUGGGAUUUCUUAUCUUUUCCUCUUUUCACUUUCACUUACUUUUGAUCAAUCUUUUUUUUGCUUUUAAGACUCUCUUUAAUCAAUUUUGUCAGUUUUAUUUUUGAGAAAUGCAUUGAUUGUUUAUUUGUUUC